AUGCCUUCUGGUUCAUCUUUUGCCUCUAAUAGUCCAUUUCAAGAAUUUUCGUCUGAAACUGUGGAAAGCUUAUUACAACAACUUGACCAGCAACAAAGAAAGACAAUUUUAUUGCUUGAUAUAAGACCUUAUUCUUCAUUCAGCAACGACAGAAUUAAAUCUUCUAUACAUCUUUGUGCACCAACCACUCUAAUAAAAAGACCUGCAUUCACCAUUGACAGUUUGUUGGCAACUUUGGUCAACGAUGCCGACAGGCAAAUCUUUAGGGAAUGGCGUCCAAAAGUGAAAAUUGGUUUUCUAAAAGGUGGUUUCCCCAGCUUUUCUUCAAAAUUUCCUGGUUUAUGCGAAAAAGUAGACAGCAACAACAACAAUAAUAGCGGCACAUUCCCACGUAGAAGACUUUCACUAGGUCGUAAACCUGGACCAUUCACUUGCCCAACACCAGUAACUGAAUCUUCAAACGUUAAUCAUUUCUUUAAUAAUAUUAGACAAAAUAUUGAAGGUGUUGCAAUCACUGAAACAAUUCCUAUUCGCAUUCCAACUCAAAACAAUAUAUCGCUCGAUCAAUCAAAACUACCACCAUUUAUUCGUGAUGUUGCCUUUAAAGAUAAUGAACAGAAUCGUUUGAAAUCUUUGAUGAUAAAAAAUUCAAAUAUUGCUACUUUAGAUGAUCCAUAUAGUAUAUCGGCUGGUAUUGAGAAAGGCACAAAAAAUCGUUAUAAUAACAUUUGGCCAUAUGACCAUGCACGAGUAAAGAUUAACGAGUGUAAAGAGGGUGAUUGUGACUAUGUGAAUGCAGGUCUUUUUAUUAGAGUGGUUGAGGCAAAAGAUGAACCAGAAGGCAUCGAAUUAGGUCUCUUAUUUGAAAGGCUAUUAUCUGAAGAUUUUAAUAAUAAAUGA